UUUUCGCUCCGGAUUCUCCAUGUUGGACCCAAACUGAGGAACCCGGAGCUGCCGCCGGGGAAUCGGGGCCGGGGGCACCCGGGGGAGCCACUGCCCGGGCCGCCCGCCCUCCGUGCAGGCCGCCUCCCUUCCCGGCCCGGGGAGGAAACGAGAGGGGGGAUGUGAACAGCUGUGGAAGUCGGAGUAUCGGGAGCCGGAGCGGGCCCCCGCCCAGGCCCCCCAGCCCAGCCCGCGCGCCCGCCCGUCCUCCCGCCCAGCCAGCCCGGGCCCGCGGGAUUGUUAGAUGGAACACGGCUCCAUCAUCACCCAGGCGCGGAGGGAAGACGCCCUGGUGCUCACCAAGCAAGGCCUGGUCUCCAAGUCCUCUCCUAAGAAGCCUCGUGGACGUAACAUCUUCAAGGCCCUUUUCUGCUGUUUUCGCGCCCAGCAUGUUGGCCAGUCAAGUUGCUCCACUGAGCUCGCUGCGUAUAAGGAGGAAGCGAACACCAUUGCUAAGUCAGAUCUGCUCCAGUGUCUCCAGUACCAGUUCUACCAGAUCCCGGGGACCUGCCUGCUCCCAGAGGUGACAGAGGAAGAUCAAGGAAGGAUCUGUGUGGUCAUUGACCUGGACGAAACCCUCGUGCACAGCUCCUUUAAGCCAAUCAACAAUGCUGACUUCAUAGUGCCUAUAGAGAUUGAAGGGACCACUCACCAGGUGUAUGUGCUCAAGAGGCCUUAUGUGGAUGAGUUCCUGAGACGCAUGGGGGAACUCUUUGAAUGUGUUCUCUUCACUGCCAGCCUAGCCAAGUAUGCUGACCCUGUGACGGACCUGCUGGACCGCUGUGGGGUGUUCCGGGCCCGCCUAUUCCGUGAGUCCUGCGUGUUUCACCAGGGCUGCUACGUCAAGGACCUCAGCCGCCUGGGGAGGGACCUGAGGAAGACUCUCAUCCUGGACAACUCGCCUGCUUCUUACAUCUUCCACCCUGAGAAUGCAGUGCCCGUGCAGUCCUGGUUUGAUGACAUGGCAGACACCGAGUUGCUGAACCUGAUCCCAAUCUUUGAGGAGCUGAGCGGAGCAGAGGACGUCUACACCAGCCUUGGGCAGCUGCGGGCCCCUUAGCCUUCCCUGCUUCCAGGCGAUGGCCAUCCCAGUAGGGGAGUUUCCCACACUGUGCCUUUAUGAUCAGCGUGACAGAGUGGAAGCUGGAGCACCUCACCACACGGCCCAGAAACAGUGAGAAGUGAUUGGAAAGAGCUUUAAGACAACCUAGACGCCAAGUGGGCAAGUGCCAGACCAACGAUACCCAGAGCUACCUGCCGCCAAGUUGUCAACAUGUGUGUGUGACUGAGAGAAUUGUGUGUGUGUGUGUGUGUGUGUGUGUGUUGCCAUGAACUGUGGCUCCAGCAUGUAGUGUUUCACUGGGGGAGAAGCUGAAAGAUCAAGACUUCCCAAGUGAGUUUGCCUCCUCUCCUGUCAUCCUAGGAGCCACUGAGCUCUAAAAGGAUGAAGACUAUUGAAGGCUCCAUUGCCAAACCACGGCCUUUCCUCAGUGUUGUAAGGCCUAUGCCAAGGAGAAAGGAAGGUAUGCCUUUGGGUUCUCCAGGCACACACCUUUCUGAAAUCCUCCAGCCAGCUGCUGCAGACAAAAGAUGACAUUUCUGGGAAGAUGAGGACUUGAUUCCAGACCAGCAUCUCAGUGGCCAUCAGGGCUUGUGGCCCAAAGGCUAUGCUUGCAUCCAGCUGAGUGCCUGGGACAGGCCCUUUCUGUGUCUCCCCAAGGCUGGGGUGCUGAGCCUGCCUUCCUCACCACCUAGCCAUAGUCUCAAACCUGUGGGGAAGGAGGUUUUCUCCCUGCCUGGGAAGAGGACAGAUAACUGAUUUCCGUUCUUUUGACUCUAUUUUAAAAUUCUCUUCUAAAC